AUGUCUGUGACUUCAGCGAGCUCGUUCAUGUCGGACUACACACGAGUUGCCGAUCGCGAUUCAUCGGUCGACGACGAGAAGAGUCUGCACGCGCGCCUGAACACUGAUGUCGAGUCCGGUGACUCGAAAACGGGCGAGAAGAAGAGUUCGCGCUUCUCCAUUGACGGGCGUACGGUCUCGGAUGCCAUCAUUGGUCUCUCCGACGGCAUGACCGUGCCGUUCGCCCUCACAGCCGGGCUGUCUGCGCUAGGUGAUACGAAAGUGGUUGUCUUUGGCGGCAUGGCAGAACUGAUAGCCGGUGCUAUCUCGAUGGGCCUGGGUGGCUACUUGGGAGCUAAGAGCGAAGAGGAGUCCUACAAAGCGACCCUUAAAGAAACCAAAGAGCAGACGUUGACCGACCCCGCAUCGGUAAAGGGCACAAUUGCGGAGAUCUUCGAGCCGUACGAGCUCCCCUCCGAGCUGGUCUCCCAGUUGACCCACCACCUCUCCGCCUCCCCCGAGCUCCCCUCUUUCCUGAUGAACUUCCAUCACACCCUCCCUGAGCCAUCUGGUUCGCGCGCGGUAAUCUGCGCAAUCACAAUCGCGCUGGGAUAUUUCAUUGGCGGGUUUGUUCCCCUGCUUCCAUACUUCUUUGUCGGACCCACCGAUGCGUACCUUGCGCUGAAGUGGUCAAUUGCGACGAUGGCGGUCGCGCUGUUCAUUUUCGGCUAUGGCAAGACCUGUUUUGUAAGUGGCUGGAAGGGUCGGCGCAAUAUCCGCAAGGGCGUGGUUGGGGGUCUCCAAAUGGUUCUUGUGGGAGGGGUCGCGGCUGGUUCAGCAAUGGGUCUAGUUAAGGGAUUUCAACUGCUCGCUGGCAAUGAUCACGCGUAG